AUGGAGUUUAACAACGAAUUGACUCAACGAACCAGUUUCGCUGGCUCGGGUGACGAGGGUAAUCGAACGUUCGGACGAUCCGUGGUACAUUCACUCUACGUAACAGCAUCAUCCACCAGAAUGGACACUGUCGUUUUCAUGCACAAAUGGAGCAUUUCGCAGUUUUCAGUCCAACAGGAAUUGUCGAACGCUGGCGAAUUUCUCGAGUCGAAGUCUGUUUUCAUCAGUCAUCAUCUAUUUACCUGA